AUGCUAUCUGAUUUCGGCACCUCGGCGGGCGACACGCUCAACGAUGGAUUCACGUUGAACGAGCCUAAGCAGGGCAUGAGAGUGCUGAUUAAGACACAAUGGGAUAGUGGUGUAAGUGCACACGAAAGUGUUCAAACACACGUUAAUGAUAGCACACAACGAAGCUUACAAGCAUGUACACGAAAGGGAGAGAGAGAAAGCGGUGCUUUGAAUGAGAAGGUCGACCCCAAUCAAUGUGUCGCGUGGAGUGUAAGGAACCUGAUUGCGUGGACGUCCCCAGCCUUAUCUCUGAGCAAGCAAGGUAUAUCAAGAAUGUGUUUAUAG